ACCGUAAUAUUAUGUUUAGUUUCAAUUUGCCUUUUGGUACUUGUACAGUUCUGUGAAUUUCAGUUAACAUUAUUCGAUAAUUCUAUUUAUUUGCACAUAACAGUCUUAAAACAUAAUUAAGCAGCCAGAAUGCCGGCGGAUCCAUCAGAAGAAAUGGCAACUCCUCAGGUUCCUAAAACCGAGCUAGAAGAGCUGCAAAUUAGUGCGCAAGGAGUAGCUGAUGAGUCCCUGGAAAGUACGCGACGUAUGCUUGCUCUCUGCGAAGAGAGCAAGGAAGCAGGGAUACGUACACUUGUAGCCCUUGAUGAUCAAGGAGGUGAGUCCAGUACUAACAGAACAUUAAAUCACAGUUUUUUACAUACAAAUGCAUUUUAA